UGAAUAAAACUACAUACAAAAAUUUCCUUUAAGCCAAUAUAUAUAAUAGAUGUAUCUAAAAUUGAAAAAAUAAACCUCCCUCUCUUACGAUCUCCUACGAAGCCGUAGAACGUCUGGUGAAUGUAAUAAGGCUUUUCUUUACUUCACCAUCGCCUAGGCACCACAUGUAAAAAAGAUAAUAUAAACAUAAGAGCGAAGUACGAGUGUAUAUACGUUUCUAUAUGAGGAUGAAGGAGAAGAAAAAAGGUAGGGGAAGCGAAUGACCGAGAGCUAAACAGACUCAACUCCCCAGCAAAGCUUCCGAUGAUGUGGAAUCUUUUGAGAUUUGGAGUAGAAGAAUUUUUAUUUACUCUGAUUGCCCGGUGAUUAAUUUUUUAAAUAUUCAGUGUUUAAUAUUUAAUACUAUUACGCACUUGUUAUUAAAGGAAAGAGUACAAUAUUUAUCAAUAAACAGACAAUAAUAAAACUUUAUUUUGGAAAAUUUGAAAUAUAACAAUGGUCCAAACUUCUCUGACGUGUCUAUUUGUGAUUAUUUGUGUGGUCCAGGCUGUUCCAAAGCCGGAAAACGAAGGAAGUGAUCGAGUUAUAAAUAGGGAAUUAAGUGAUGAAGAGCACUUUGUUAAAUCUCACCAUAACCCUGAAUAUGAUCAUGAGGCAUUUUUAGGAGAAGAAGCCAAGACUUUUAAACAUCUUACGCCAGAAGAGAGCUCUAGAAGGUUAGGACUCAUAGUAGACAAAAUAGAUAAAGAUAACGAUGGUUUUGUCACUCAAGAAGAAUUAAAAGAUUGGAUAAAGUACACUCAACAAAGAUAUAUCAGAGAUGAUGUUGAACGUCAAUGGAAAUCAUAUAAUCCCGAUGAAUCAAGUAAUAAACUAACAUGGGAAUCAUACAAAAAAAUGGUUUAUGGCUUCAUGGAUGAAAAAGACUACGAUCCGCAAGUUCACGAUGAGAAUUAUUCUUAUUCUGUGAUGUUAAAAAGAGAUCGUAGAAGAUGGUCAGUGGCUGAUCAAGAUGGUGAUGAUGCUUUGUCAAAAGAAGAGUUCACUGGGUUCCUUCAUCCUGAAGAUACUGAACAUAUGAAAGAUGUAGUUGUCUUGGAAACGUUGGAAGAUAUUGAUAAAGAUGGAGAUGGAAAAGUGUCCCUUUCAGAAUACAUUGAUGAUAUGUAUCGACCUGAAGAAGAGGAAGGAGAAGAACCUGAAUGGGUAAAAAAUGAACGAGAACAAUUUUCCAACUACAGAGAUAAAGAUGGUAAUGGUUUUAUGGAUAAUGAAGAAAUCAAAAACUGGAUUAUACCUGAAGAUUUUGAUCAUGCUGAAGCCGAAGCUAAACAUUUGAUUUACGAGGCUGAUAAGGAUUUAGAUAAAAAGUUAACAAAAGAAGAAAUUCUUGAUAAAUAUGAUGUAUUUGUCGGCUCACAAGCGACAGAUUUUGGUGAGGCUUUGUCUAGACAUGACGAGUUUUAAAUUAAAAGUUCCAUAUCGAUCAAAAAAUUUUCUAAAGCUUAAAAAGUAUAUCUAGCUUACGUAUUAUUUUUUAAUCACAGUUUUAUUAAGUUCAAGUUAGUAUUUUAGACAAUAAUACUUUUUAUAAUUAUCAAGAAAUUGAUAUUUUGACAAAACU